CAGGGGCUCUGCAGCAGCUACGAAUGCAGGCAGUUGCCUACGGAAAGUUGGUACCGGAGGGGGGCAAGCAGGGGGAAACGCCCGCCCCGCUCCGUCACGGCGAGAGGCACGCAGGAGAACAACGCAACCGCAGCCCUAAGAGCCCGGCCGGCUCACAGCCUCCCGCGGCCCCGCGCACGCGCCGCCCGCCCCUUCCCUUCUCAGCGGAAGCGGGGCGCCGUGCGCAUGGAGGAGCGGCGCUACCGCUCGGCGUCGGGGGCGCCGCUGGCGCUGCGGUGCCGGCAGCACAGCGCUUCCUGCCGGGAGCUGGCGGUGCGCUGCCCCCGCCUGCAGCUCCGCUCGCUCAGCGCCGUCACCUCCGCCGUCUGGCUGGCGGCCUACGGGCUCUUCGUGCUCUGCCAGAAUAGUAUGGUGCUUUCUGCUGCUAUAUUCCUCACGCUGAUCGGCCUGAUCAUCUACCUGCACUUUGUGAAAAUUGACCAGGAAUCCCUUCUGGUCAUUGGCUCACUUGGCAUUCAGAUGACUUCAUCCUAUGCUUCAGGGAAGGAGAGCACAACCUUCAUUGAGAUGAGCCGAGUGAAGGAUGUGGUUAUCAAUGAAGCCAUCCAUAUGCAAAAAGUUAUCUAUUACCUGUGCAUCCUCCUGUGCGACCCUCAGGAUCCUCAGGGAGUAUCUGAGGUUGUUCCACUCUUUCAGAGUUCCAAACCACGUCUGGACUGCUUGAUAGAAGUAUACAAAAGUUGUCAUGAAAUCUUGGAUCAGAGGAAAACAGCUUCACAACCAGAUGGAGUAAAAUAAUAAAUAAUGAAGAUGGAUAACUUGCAGCAGGACUUGGAGAGAUGUAUGGAAAAGCAAGCAAAUCUGACCCAUGGCUUUUUAAAAUUAAAUGUUUAGAAUGUGAUGCAGUUGUAAUAAUGACAUUAUAGCUAACAGCCCACACAGACUCGCAGAGCUGUUAUAGAAGAUGUCAGCUGAAGCACACAAGUGAACUUAGAAAUUGACUGUUAUGAAAACAGGUGAGCAACACUUUUUAAAUGGACAGAAGGAGGUUUUUCCAUGCAUCUCUGGAAAAAGGUAUGGCAAGGGGAGACAAAGAAUAUGCAGCAAAUGUUUCUUCUUCCAUGGAUCCGAGAAUUCUGAUAAAAACAAAUGGCAACCUUGGGAAGACAGAAAAAAUACCCUAGGUUUUUGGUUUUUUCUUAAGUUUCUUUGUAAUCCUUUCUUGAAAAGAGUAUCAAAACAGAAGGGUGGGCUGGCUCAGUUUUCCUGAUCCAAUGGGGAAUUUCAGAUAGAGAAUGACAGAAAAUGAAAAUAUACUGUUUUGCUGAGAAUACUUCAGAUUCUUCAGCAGUCUGCUUGAAAGAGUCCCAUGGUAUGGUACCCUAGAGAGAAGAUCAACACUCAGGAGACACCUCCUCCAGGCACAUGAGUAGUCUAUCCCAACAGGUAAAAAGUUGAGCAAAAAUGGCAAGAGGCCUUUAUGAAUGAGCAAUUUAUUCCUGGCAAAAUUCAAAUGCCAAAAGGUAGAAAUGAGGACAGGUAGCCUGGGAUCAAUAUAGAGACUGUGUAAGCAUGCAAGGUAUGUGGUUAGGAAAGCUAAAGUCUAUCUGGAAUUGAAUUUUUCUAGGGAUGCCAAAGGCAACAGAAAGGCCUUCUGUGAGUACUUGAGUAACAAAAUGGCAAAGAAAACAUGAGGCCACCUCUGAAUGGUGUAGAGGUGUGGUAACGCAAGAUCUGAAAAAGAAUGGGGUACUGAAUGCCUUCAUCAUUUUAGUCUUUACUAGAAAGACUAGACUUCAGGAAUCCUGGGCUGCAGAUAGCAAGGGAAAGUUCUGGAGCAAGGGAGACCCUUGAUGGAAGGUGAUCAGGCUAGAAAAUACUUAAGCAAAUUGCAUGUCUCUUAGUCCAUGGAACCUGGUGGGAUGCACCUACAAGUGUUGAUGGAUUUUGCUAAUGACACAAUCUCAGAGGAAUGGCUGAUAUGCCAGAGACGUGUGCUGCCAGCCAGAGGGACCCAGACAGGUUGGAGAAGUGGGCAUGCAGGAUCCUCUUGUAGCUCAACAAAGGGUCCUAGAGACAAAUUACUCUGUGCUGUUCCUUCCAGUACAUAUUGGUUCUCUUUCAGAAAAGGUCCUGGGGUCACAGUGGACACCAAGUUGAAAAGGUGCCAGCUGUGUGUCCUUAGUACAGAAAGGCUAAGAGUGUCCUGGGUUGCAUGAGAGAUGUAUUGCUAGCAGUUCAAGGGAAGGGAUCCUUCCCCCCUCCUCUGCACUGGUAGGACUGCACCUGAAGUGCUGCAUCCAUUUCUGGGCUCUCCAGUAUGUGGACGUGUCUGGUGCUAGAACGGGCUGCUCAGGUAGGUGGUGGAGUCACUGACCCUGGAGGUGUUCAAGGAACACUUGGAUGUUGGGCUGAGGGAUAUGGUUUAGUGAGAACUAUUGGUGAUAGGUGGAUGGUUGGACUGGGUGAUCUUGUAGCUCUUUUUCAGCCGUGGUGAUUCUGUGGACAAUGAAGGGCUGCUUACAUUGGUGUGGAGCUGGAGCCUGAAGAAAGACUGGAAGAGCUAAGGCUUCAAGCCUAGAGAAAGGAGGGUUUGGGGGCAAUCAUGUAGAUAAGUACCUAAAGGGAGGUUGUAAAGAAGAUGGAGUCAAGCUUCUUGGGGGCUGGAGCAGAGCUCACUUCCAACCCCAUUCAGAAGAGCCAGAUCAAUUACUAUGAGAAUCUGAGAAAAAUAUAUUGUUUAAAAUUAUAAUAAUGACUAUGUGAAUAAAGUAAGUUAAUGUGGAGAAAUUCUUCUUAGUUGAUAUUUAAAAGUUACUGUAACUUUUAACUGGUAUUUUUCUGUUUU